AUGAGUUCGUCAUCGUCGCGGCGGCGCAUGGCAACUAGCGUUGCCAAUGUCAUGUUUACCAAUGCGGUUUACUUCCCCAAUUUCAAAAUCUACAGCGGCGCAACCCCGGGAAUGCUGAACUACGGCUGCAUCAGCCACGUGUUCUAUGCGUUCGCAAGUGUUGCGGCUGACGGGUCCGUAUUUCUAAGUGACGAGUGGGCAGAUGCUCAGGCCCCGUGCGAUGGAGUGCGCGGUGGUUUGGGAUCCCUAAUGCAUCUCAAACAGGCGCAUCCGCAUUUGCGAGUCAUCUUGUCCAUCGGCGGCGGCAACUCCGGCGAGGUGUUCCCCAUAGUUGCGUCCAAUGGCAUGUUGCGAGACCAUUUCGCCCGCUCGGCCAGGGGCUUGGUGGAAGCAUCAGGCUUCGAUGGCAUCGACAUAUGCUGGGAAUAUCCCUCGGACCCGCAGCAGGGGGCGGAUUUCACGGCACUACUCGGCGCGACCAGGAUGCACCUACCCGCCGAUGAGUAUUUCCUCACGGCGGCACUGCCUGCCAACCAGGGAGUCUUGCAGUGCAUCGAUAUUGGCACGGCCGCCUACUACCUGGACAUGAUCAACCUCAUGGCGUACGACUUCUUUGGUUCAUGGACUCACCGGAGUGGGCACCACGCACAGCUGUACUCGAUGAGCAAGGACGAAACGUCGGGCUCGGCCGGCGUUGCCUUUCUGGUCGGCGCGGGCUGCCCAGCAAAGAAAAUCAACCUCGGCAUCCCGUUGUACGGCCGCAGCUUCCUAGGGGUAAGCGGACCGGGUCACCGAUACAAAGGCGCCGGUGGCGAGGAGGGGACGUUCGAGUACAACCAGCUGCCGAGGAAGGGCGCCAAGGAGCAGGUCGACAAACGCAUAGGCGCAGCGAUGUGCGUCGGUGGCGACGGGGGCUUCGUGAGCUAUGACAAUCCGGAUACGGUCAAGAUGAAAGCGACGUUUUGCAAGCAGAAACGGUUGGGUGGGUUGUUUUACUGGAGUGGACCCUCAGACGCCCAGGAGAAGUCCCGGAGCUUGAUUGCUGCAGGGUUCAAGACACUGCACUCGUCUUGA